CCCCCUCUAGACCCGUCCAGGAUGGUAUUCUGCCCCUGGAAGCCGGAGUCCCCACAGCCGCUAUAUGGCCCUGCUUUCUCCAGCCACUGCUGCUCUGGAGCGUCAGAACAGCUGGGGCGCUCCCGGGUGACAGCGGCUCCUACGCUGCCUCCUGCGCCGCCCUGCAGGCUGCCGCUGCCGUGCGGCCCCCAUGGGCAACGGACCGCUCACGCCGUUCGACCCCGAGCUCGCGUACGCCGGGCUGGACACCGCCCCGCCGCUGAGGCCGCCCGAGCGACCCGAUUCCAGCGCUGGAGAGCUGCCGGGCCAGGCGUCCGCCGCCCCCCCGGGCGCCGAGGCGAGCCUGCCGCUGCCCCCGCCGCCGCCCGCCGCACCGCGCGGCGCCAGGGCGCGCCCGGCCCCGCUGCUGUCCAGCGCGGACUCCUUCGUGGUGCCGCUCUCCUGGCCCAGCAGCGAGGUGCUCGACGAUGGCCCGGCCCAGUCGCCGCUGCCGCUCGGCGGGGGCGCUUCCCGCAGGGGCCGGCGAGCGGCAGCCGCGGUCGGCCGAGGCGGCUCGGAGACGACCACGACGCCGCUGCUCCCCGGGUGCACGGGUGGCGCACAGGCUAGCCGCACGAGUCUCACGAGCACGGCGUCGUGCUACGAGCAGGUCUCUUCCACGGUGCCGCGCGAUGCCACCUUGGAUUUUGCGGACAGGCUCGUUGCUGCAACUUCGUUCGCUUCGCAGGCGCCGUCCACAGCAUCGGCCUCGAGCUUCAUGUCGAGCCACCUGGAGCCCGGACGAGUGGCCUUCGAUUCCAGCGUAGAAGUGGUGGCUUUCAGCCGAGGCACACGCGCGGCGGACAUCUAUAGCCGCGCCCGCGUCACGGAGUGCUCGCUGGGCAGCAGGGUCCAGCUGCCCGCGUCGUGGUCCUUCGCCUCGACGGCGUCGGCCGCAUCGACCACCCUGGGCGCCGCAGGCGCCUCGCCCGCGCGCCGCGGCGCCAUCGGCGGGCGCUUGGCCCUGGCGACCGUCGACGAGGCCGCGCCGCCGCGCCCGGCGGCGUGGGCGUAGGAGCGCGUCGGUCCUCCUCGGGGGGCGCCAAAGUGAGGGGCAACGUGAGAGCGUCUUGCAUUCCCGGGCGACAUGGUGCGCGAUCCCCAGACCCCCUCGCGCUGUGAUUACGCUACCGAGGAACCCUACAUACUUCGUCUUAACUCUUUUGCUAGCAAAGCAGUCGUGCAACAUGCGCCGAUUUUGCUAUUCGCUUAACGCGGCGACCACGUCGCGCGGAGCAAGCAAUGAGGAGGUCUUCGGCAAAGAGCCUCUGGCAGGAAACAGAAACGCUCUCUGCUUGACGGCCGGUACUCUGGAUGAGCUGCUGGUCUGUCUGCUAAUUCUUUGUACCAUUUGACCGCCGUCGCAUCCGCGUGGGAGAACAGGCUUUCAGGGAGGAUCGACUCUCGCAGUUCCCGCGACCAUGGUCCUCGCGACCAGCGGUAGUCCAUCCCGCCGGCUCUGGGGACAGCUGAAUGCGAGGAGUGCCAGUGGAACGAACAGACGUAGCAGGCGUAACUGCUGGAAUUCGCUGAGGGCGAAAGCCUGCGCAUGGGCAUGGCCUUCAUGGGCGUGGCCUGCAUGGGCGCAGCCCCCGUGGGCGCAGCAGCCGUAGCGCAUGGAGACUGGCGGUCAGCGCCCGCGCUGCUGGCAUCAGCGAUUCGCCGAACCUUCGCUGGUGUCUCGUGAAAACCCGCCUGUGGAAACCCGCCCGACGCCGGGUUCAACAGGAACGUCACCAGGCACUGCCUCGUCCUGCUAUCGUCGUUCGUUCCUGGAUGCGGCAACUCGUUACAGCUCACGUGAAGCGUGUCAGGUCACCGAUUAUUGAGUUGACGGUGGUCGGAAUCGAAUGCGUUUCUUACCAGAGCCCCUUCGCAGCCGCGCAAGCCUUCCACGCUUACAUCGACGCCCAGUUCAGUCAGUGCGUUCUUCAGUUUCACGCACGGAGGUGGCAGCUCACCCAUGGCAGUUUUGGGCGGCAUUGCUGCCACGCGCAGGUCUGGCGGCUGUUGCCCGCAAGUGUGAGCAUUGGCACGCUUACGUGAAAACGCAGUCGUGCCGCGCCACCUUAAGCCGCGAUAUGUACGGGCCGGGGCAAGACGCAAGCUCUCACGCGCAGCGUCGUGGAUAGACACCGUGCUCAAUGACCAUCCCUUGCCCAGCGCCUCUGGCGUGGAGAACCUGCCACGCCUGCUAAGCUUCGCGACACUGUCGUGGAUAGGCACCGCGCUCAGGGGCCACCCCCAGUGCACCCCCUCUGGCGUCGA